GUGGCCAUGCUGCAGAACCAGGGCCGGGAGAUGAUGAUCGUGACCAGCGGGGCGGUGGCCUUCGGCAAGCAGCGACUCCGCCACGAGAUCCUGCUCUCCCAGAGCGUCCGGCAGGCGCUGCACUCCGGACAGAACCAGCUCAAGGACAUGUCGAUGCCGCUGUUGGAGGCGCGUGCGUGCGCGGCGGCGGGCCAGAGUGGACUGAUGGCGCUCUAUGAGGCCAUGUUCACACAGUACAGCACCUGCACAGCACAGAUCCUGGUGACCAACCUGGAUUUCCACGACGACCAGAAACGACGGAACCUGAACAGCACGCUGCAGGAGCUGCUGCGGAUGAACAUCGUGCCCAUCAUCAACACCAACGACGCGGUGGUGCCCCCGCCCGAGCCCAACAGCGACCUCCAGGGGGUAAAUGUGAUCAGCAUCAAGGAUAAUGACAGCCUGGCCGCACGACUCGCGGUGGAGAUGAGGGCAGACCUGCUCAUCGCUCUGUCCGACGUGGAGGGUUUGUACGACAGCCCCCCCGGGACCGACGACGCAAAGCUGAUCGAUAUCUUCUACCCCGGUGAUCAGCAGUCCAUCACCUACGGAACCAAGUCCAGGGUGGGGAUCGGAGGCAUGGAGGCCAAGGUGAAAGCGGCCCUCUGGGCGCUGCAGGGCGGCACCUCGGUGGUCAUCGCCAACGGGACGCUCCCCAAGGUGACGGGGCACGUCAUCACCGACAUCGUCGAGGGGAAGAAGGUGGGCACCUUCUUCUCCGAGGUCAAACCCGCCGGCCCCACGGUGGAGCAGCAGACAGAGGGGGCCCGCAACGCUGGACGCACCCUGGCCUCCCUCCAACCGCACCAGAGGAGUGAGAUCAUCUGCAAACUGGCUGAUCUGCUCAUGGAGAGGAGAGAGGAGAUCAUGGCAGCCAACAAGAUGGACAUGGACCUGGCCGUCAGCAUAGGCCAGCUGUCCCCCGCCAUGCUGGAGCGCCUCGCCCUCUCCCCGGCCAAGCUGGGCAGCCUGGCCCUGGGCCUGCGGCAGAUCGCCGUGGCGGCCCGGGACAGCGUGGGCCGCGUGCUGAGGCGGACCCGGCUGGCCUCGGGCCUGGAGCUGGAGCAGGUCUCCGUGCCCAUCGGGGUGCUGCUCGUCAUCUUCGAGGCCCGGCCCGACUGCCUCCCCCAGGUGUCCGCGCUGGCCAUCGCUAGCGGCAACGCCCUGCUGCUGAAGGGCGGGAAGGAGGCGGCCCACUCCAACCGCCUCCUCCACCAGCUCAGCCAGGAGGCGCUAGCGCUGCACGGCGUCGGCGAGGCCGUGCAGCUGGUGAGCACCAGGGAGGAGGUGGAGGACCUGUGCCGUCUGGACAGGAUGGUAGACCUGAUCGUCCCGCGGGGCUCGUCCCAGCUGGUGCGGGAGAUCCAGCGCGCGGCGCGGGGCAUCCCCGUGCUGGGCCACAGCGAGGGGGUCUGCCACGUGUACGUGGACGCAGAGGCCAGCCCCGAGAAGGUCCUCAAGAUCGUCAGGGACUCCAAGUGUGAUUACCCGGCGGCCUGCAACGCCAUGGAGACGCUGCUGAUCCACCGAGACAUCCUGCGCACGCCGCUCUUCGACCAGAUCAUAGACAUGCUGCGGACCGAGCAGGUGAAGAUCCACGCGGGGCCGAGCUUCGCGUCCUACCUGACCUUCGGGCCCUCGGAGGCCCCGUCGCUGCGCUCCGAGUACGGGGCCCUGGAGUGCAGCCUGGAGGUGGUGGACAGCCUGCAGGAGGCCGUGCAGCACAUCCAGAAGUACGGCAGCUCCCACACCGACGCCAUCGUCACCGAGAACGAGGAAACAGCGGAGAAGUUCCUUCAGCAGUUGGACAGCGCCUGUGUGUUCUGGAACGCCAGCACGCGAUUCGCUGACGGCUACCGCUUCGGACUGGGGGCCGAGGUGGGGAUCAGCACGGCCCGUAUCCACGCGCGGGGCCCCGUGGGUCUGGAGGGCCUGCUGACCACCAAGUGGGUGCUGCGGGGGGGGGGGCACACGGCCGCAGACUUCUCAGAGAGCGGCUCCCUGACCUACCUCCAUGAGACCCUCCCCCUGACCCCGCCCCCCGCCGGCCAGAGGGACGCCAACUAG